AUGCACGCCUGUGUCCGCGUGUGCGCGCGUCCCCCAUUCGAGACGAGCGGAUACAGGACCCGUUCCGGCAGGAGGGCCUCUGAGGCUAAAGAAAAAACAUGGACAAAAAGUCUCAGGAACGAGAAGCAGCCGCCGUCGCCAGCAGCCCCCUGCCCAUCUGUGGAUGAGCCUGUUCUGGAAGCUUCACACACGUGGAGUCUCACGCCCUUUGUGUCUGGGGCGUUUGGUGACUCCAGGUUUACCUCUGGAGGAACAGCCACUGUUUUCCACGGUGGCCGCAGCGUUUCGCUUCCCGCUGGGAGGGCUCCAGCCCCCACAGCCUGGCCCACACUCGUCAUCCGCCCUCGUGGGUCUGAGGGUCUGAGGCGCCAGCUCACUGUAGGUUCAGUUAGCAUUUCCCUGACGGCUGAGCGCGUCUUCGUGUGCUUGUUGGUCAUUCAUCCAACUGCUGUGCGGAAACACGCAUCAAAGCCGCUGAGGAAUUUGGAGCCAGCGGCUCCCCCGCCCCCCCCCCCCACCCCCCGGCCACCAGGCAGCCAGGAGCAGAAGCCCCUGCAGGACCGCGGAAGCGAGCUGCCCCAUCGUGACUUCACAGCCGUCACUCCGCCCUUCCAGCCCCCCAGGAUCGCAGGCAAGACAGGUUUCCUGUGGCCGUGUCACCAAGGACCACGGUCGGUCCGGGUUUCCAGAGAACGACACUCAAGUAUUCCCCCUGCGUGGGGCCUGGCGGGGCGACUCCUUCUGGAGGCCGUGGGGGAGUCUGCCUGGUGUUGCCGGAGACCUUGGUGCCCCGGGGUUCACGGCCCCAUUCCCCCCAUCCCCCACCCGUCAUCAGUCGUCACACAGCUUCUCCCUGCGUCCCUGCCUGCAUUUCCCUCUUACAAGGACAUGAGCCAUUGCAUCAGGGCCUCCCUGCUCCACCAUGACCUCAUUCCAACGUAUCACGUCCGUGGAGACCCUACUUGCAAAUACGGCUGCGUUUCUGGCUGCCAGAGGUCAGGAUGUGGACACACUGCUUGGGGACCACCAUCUAACCCAACACAGGCCUUUGGGGUUCCCUCCUGUGCACUCGUGGCCUGAGCCCCAGACUAGAUGUGGCCUCCCCUUCCUGCCUUCCCGUCUCUGGCAGCCACUUCCGGUGGGCGCCUGUCACAGCUGCCGACGUGUGCUGCCCUCGGUCUGUGUCUGUUGUCCACCUUCCUGAGGCCCGGUGCCCGGCAGAGGCCUGUGUCCCCACCGCCAGCACCUUGACAGAAAGGCCCCUGGCCUACCCUUCUGCGUGGGCUGCACACGGCGACCCCUGCCCACGAGGACCGUGUGGAGCCCGACCGGCACACCCGGCCGGAGACCAAGGUCAACGUCAGCGGUGAGGAGCCUCGUGGGCAGCGGGGGCCCCAGGUGUGACGGCAUGAGCCAGA